UAGACAAUGCCUGUAAAGCUGGGUACCAAUAUCAAAAUCAUCACAAAAUGGCAGCUGUCAGGAGAGCACUUUUGUAUUCCUCUGUUAUUUUGUAUACCUUCCGUGAACUAACUAUUUGAAAAUUCAAAGACUGCCUGAAGUCUGUAAAAUGGAUUUGGAAAAGGAAGUGCCAAGCUUGUUGCAAGGAGAUGAGGGGGAGUUUAGAGAAGAAGAAAUACUGGCAUUUGAUGAAAAUGAUGAACCUUUGGAUGUAGAAAGUCAAUUGGAACAAUUUAGGCAGCAAUGGCAGGCAGAAUUAAAGGGAAGUCAGGCAAACAUGAGUAAUCAAGGAUUAUCUGAAAAGGAUGAGGUGGAGAAAGAGGCUGCUGCAUUGUUCUUGAUGGGAUCUAAACUGGAACAAGAGGGGUCACUUUAUGAAGCUGUAAAUUUCUAUCGUCGAGCCAUGCAGCUUGUACCUGACAUUGAAAUGAGGAUAGAAUAUCCCAGAAGUCCAAGAGAACGAUUUGAAAGUGAAAGUUCCGUAGACAGCUAUGAUGGUGAGGAAUUGGAAUCAGAUCUGCUGAGUAGAUUCCAUAAUCUGAAAGUGGAGGAAAAACGAAUCUGUUCUCCAGCAUAUCAACAGAGGGCAUGUCACAUAUCUGCUCUACCAGUUGAGGUUCUGAUCUACAUAUUUAAAUGGGUCGUGUCCUCCCAGCUUGACAUGAAGUCACUGGAGAGUAUUGCUGAGGUAUGUCGAGGAUUUUACUUAUGUGCGAGGGAUGAGGAACUCUGGAGGCUUGCUUGUCUCAGGGUGUGGGGUUCCAAUACUGGAAAAGUGAAGAAAUAUGGAUUAUGGAGAAACAUGUACAUAGAAAGGCCACAUCUUCAGUUUGUUGGUUGUUACAUCAGUAAGAUGUCUUAUAUCAGACAAGGAGAGAAAAGUCUGGAUGGAUUUUACAGUCCGUGGCAUAGCAUAGAGUAUUUCAGAUACAUACGAUUCUUUUCUGAAGGUAAAGUGUUGAUGAUGACAAGCCCCGAACAUCCAAGUUUGACACUUCCCAAGUUUAAAUACUCACAUGCAAAGACACCUGGCAUGUUGAAGGGUGCAUAUAAAAUCUCAGGGAACAGAGUGACUGGUGUGCUAAAGAGGGUACCGAAUACAGAGAAUGCAUCGAAUUACAAGUACAAACGUAACAAGAACAUUCAAAAUGAUGUCCAACAGAGCUUCCAUAUUGAACUUGAAAUCCAGAAUGUUGGUAAGAGAAAUGGAUGCAAGUUGUCAUGGAUACACUACUCCGUGAAAACAUUCUACAAGUCUACCGGUGAGGAUAAUGACACAGAUUUUGAGCUGUCUGACCGAGCGUAUCCGCCGUUGAUAUUCUCUCGUGUGAAAAGUUUCUCGGCAGACUUGGAUUCCUGCCUUCAACCGUGAAGAGCUCUUGUACAUGUUAGCACAGAAUUUUACACAUACAUAAGCACUGUAGGAAUUAUAGACAUAGACAAUGCAGACGUCAGUUUAACAGCUGACAGUUUUUUGGUUGUUUUUUUUAGCUCGACUAUUCGAUAAGAAUAAGUAGAGCUAUUGUUGUCACCCGAGCGUCGGCGUCGGCGUUGGUGUCCGCGUCGGCGUAACCACUUAUGUUAAAGUUUUUGUAAUAGUUCAAAUAUUUUCAAAGUCCAUUGACAUAUGGCUUUGAAACUUGGCACACUUGUUCACCAUCAUGACCCCUACCUUUAGACAGGAGGAGGUAACUGUAUCAAGCAUUUUGACAGAAUUAUGCCCCUUUUUCGACUUAGAAUUUACGUUAAAGUUUUUGUAAUAGUUCAAAUAUUUUCAAAGUCCAUUGACAUAUGGCUUUGAAACUUGGCACACUUGUUCACCAUCAUGACCCCAACCUGUAGACAGGAGGAGGUAACUGUAUCAAGCAUUU